CGGGGGCGGGAGGCGGCGCUGCCGGCGGGGCCGCCGCAACCUGCCGCCGCCGCCGCCGCCGCCCCGGCCCUUAAGAGGCGGCGCAGGCCGGCGCGCUGCCCGGAGCUGCGCUGCACCGGGCCCCGGAGCCGCGCCGGGCCCCGCACCAUGAGCGGCCGCGUGGGGGACCUCAGCGCCCGGCAGGCGGAGGCGCUGGCCCAGUUUCGGGAGAACCUCAAGGACGUGCUCCCCUGCCUGCCCUCCCAGGACGACUAUUUCCUCCUGAAAUGGCUCCGAGCGCGCUGCUUCGACCUGCCCAAAUCGGAGGCCAUGCUCCGCAAGCACGUCGAGGUCCGGAAGCGCAUGGAUGCCGAGAACAUCCUUGCCUGGGAGCCCCCCGAGGUGAUCAGGAAAUACAUGUCCGGGGGCAUGUGUGGCUACGACCGGGAGGGCUGCCCCAUCUGGUACGACAUCAUCGGGCCCCUGGAUGCCAAGGGGCUGCUCUUCUCUGCCUCCAAGCAGGACCUGCUCAAGAACAAGUUCCGCGACUGCGAGGUGCUGCGGCGUGAGUGCGAGAAGCAGAGCCAGAAGCUGGGCAGGAAGAUCGAGGUGGUGCUGAUGGUUUAUGACUGUGAGGGCCUGGGCUUGAAGCACCUCUGGAAGCCAGCUGUGGACACGUAUGGAGAGCUCCUCUCCAUGUUCGAAGAGAAUUACCCCGAAUCCCUGAAGCGCCUGUUUAUCGUGAAAGCUCCCAAGAUCUUCCCGGUGGCCUACAACCUUAUCAAGCACUUCCUGAGCGAGGACACCCGCAAGAAGGUCGUGGUGCUGGGAUCCAACUGGAAGGAGGUCUUGCAGAAGUAUAUUGACCCCGAGCAGAUCCCUGUGGAGUACGGGGGCACCCUCACGGACCCUGAUGGGAACCCCAAGUGCCCAAGCAAGAUUAACUAUGGCGGGGACGUGCCCCACAAGUACUACGUGCGGGACCAGCUGACACAGCAGUAUGACCACACGGUAGUGGUGAACAGGGGCUCGUCCCACCAGGUCGAGUACGAGAUCCUCUUCCCCGGCUGUGUCCUCAGGUGGCAGUUCAGGUCAGAGGGAGCUGACGUGGGGUUUGGGGUGUACCUGAAGACCAAGAUCGGGGAGCGGCAGCGAGCUGGCGACAUGACUGAGGUCCACCCUAACCAGCGCUACAACUCGCACAUGGUGCCCGAGGACGGCUCCCUCACCUGCUCGGCACCUGGGAUCUACGUGCUGCGCUUUGACAACACCUACAGCUACAUCCACGCCAAGAAGGUCAGCUACACCGUGGAAGUCCUGCUGCCCGAUAAGACCUCGGAGGAGCAGAUCCAGAAACUAGGGGACAAGAUGAGCGAGGUGGCCCUCAAUAGCAGCCCCUAACACCUGGGCCUGGUGCCUUACCGUGCCGGCUCCCCCAGCCCCACACUCUGGCCCCCCCAGCAUGGUGGCAAGUUGUGCCCCCCUGUCACCCUGCCCCGAGAGGACCCUGGGCAAGGGGCCUGAGGGUGCUGGGGCGGCUCCCCUGGGUGUCCUGCCUGGGGCUGGCAUUGAUGUUGGCCUCGCCACCCCCUUACUGGGGAGCAAUAGGGGGGGGCUUUGGUCAGCCCCAUGGGGCAAGCUACUGCCCCCUUGCCCCAUGCUGUUGGUGCCCACCAAAAACAAGUGGGGCAGAGCCUGCCCCUUGCACCUGCCCAGGGCUUUGCCCCCCAUGGCCUGGGCAGGAACCCCCCUCCAUGCAGUGAGUGGGGCCACCUGAAGCACGCACACAAGCACCCUGCACUUUUUGGGGUGCACCAGUCCCCAACGGCUGCUCUCUGCACCCUGAGGAUGGCACCGGCACAUGAAGGAGACCCCCACCCCCCGAGGGCUGCUGGCUGAGGAGGGGCAUAGGGGGCUGGUGGGCAGUGACCCCUGCGUGCCUUAGGGUGUGCCCCAUGGCAGCACGGGGGCCGCGGUGGGAGUAAAGGGAUAGACAGA